AUGUCUCGAGUCCAACAGUACUGGCUUCCAGGGUAUGGUCUGUCCCGGCACAUCGUCCUCGGACAUAUCCAUUAUUUCCUGGGCCCGUCCGCAUCAGGACGCGAAGGUUACCUCAUCACGGGCAUGCCUCUCACUCGGGACCAAAUCGACGACCUUGCAGCUAUGUCCCGGGAAUAUGAGAGGCAAGAAGCACUGCGCAUGACCAAUCAGAAUCCCGGUUCUGGUGCUACCAGCAACAUUGGUGAUGGCCCAUCGCGACAGCCCUCAGAGCCGUAUAUCAACGAGAUCAUUCCAGUGGAUCCUAACCGGGCCCGCAGGCGGCCUCUGGAACAGAACUCCCGGAGUACCCGUUGA